AGGAGUCGAUCGGUUGUCGUUCCUCGAGUCUCGACAACACUCGACGGUAGUGAAGGGAAAAAAAAUCCAAACACAAAUCGGUGCGUUGAACCCUCGCGUGUGAUGUUGAGCUGUUGCGAGUUCCUACGAGCAGUGUGAUAGUUGUGUGUAAUGCGUAUGCGUGCGUGUGUCAGACAGUGCGUGUCAAAAUUAUUAUGAAAACGCGUUCGCGCGCCGUCGAUGUAAUGAAGUGCUGAGUCCACCCAAUUCGGCUUAUUCGACCGUUCUCGCAGGCAAUGGGUAGAGCCGGCGCGUUCGCGAUUAUUACGCACGUCUGAAAAUUCAACCACCUCAGGUCCCGGCACGCUGACGCAGGUACGUCCGGAGCUAACCGGAGCGCGAUGGAGUGCGGUGGAUACCAACGGUCAAAGAGCAGUUUCGUAUAUAUAAUUCCACCUGAUUCCGCUUCAUUCCACUUGAUUCUCGAGACCGUGCUCGAGAAUCAAGAGACGUUCAUGCCGCGCGGCUCGUCGUUUCCCCCGCACAAUACGCUACAAAUCAUUUACAGAGUGCGAUAUCGACAAGGUUAUACGAGUGUACCGCGUUAUCGCUGAUAACCGUCAGACGAGACGUAUUUACUUAUUCCCUCCCUCCCGCGACUUCCGUUAAAUUCUACAAGAAUUUGUAGAAUGUUGUGACGUUCGUUUGACCGUGCUAACACAGCGGUGAUGUUCGGACUUUGCAAUCGGUGUUUUAAGUCAUGAUUAAGCGGAUUAUAAUUUCCAAGCACGUCUACAUUUACUUGUAAAAUUCGAGGUCGUUCGACACACCUCAGUUCUCGUUAUCGCAAGCGUCGGUUACUAUCUGUUCAAGGGUCGCAUUGAAUAAUGUUGAACAGUAUAACAAAACACAUUUUGCACUGCUGUCUGCUGCUUGUGGUCAUAUUAGUAUUUGAAUUUGUAUCUGGAGGCCUUCGAUGGAACAUGGAUAAGAAGGAAGAAAUCAAUCCAUGGACAAGAUAUGGCAUUAUCGGUGCAAUUACUUUGUACCUGUUACGCACAGUGACGUUUCUCUCCUUGCCACAAGUGUUAUUCAAUUUUAUAGGAUUAACGAUAUACAAUGCAUUCCCUGAUAAAGUAAUCUUGAAAGGCUCACCUCUGCUUGCACCAUUUAUCUGUAUAAGAAUAGUAACUCGCGGGGAUUAUCCUCAAUUAGUAAAGACGAAUGUGAAGAGAAAUUUAGAUAAAUGCAUAGAGGCUGGUCUCGAAAACUUCCAAAUAGAAGUAGUAAGCGAUAAGCCAAUAGGAUUAACGCCGCAUCGCAGGGUGCGAGAAGUUGUCGUCCCACCAAAAUAUCGCACAAGUAGCGGUGCCUUAUUUAAGGCUCGUGCUUUACAAUACUGCCUCGAAAGCUCGGUAAACGAAUUGGCUGAUCACGACUGGAUUGUUCAUCUCGAUGAAGAGACUCUGAUGACUGAAAAUUCUGUUCGCGGCAUAUUGAACUUUGUACUGGAUGGCAAACACCAAUUUGGUCAAGGAUUGAUCACAUAUGCUAAUGAAGAUGUUGUUAAUUGGAUUACGACCUUGGCCGAUAGUUUCAGAGUAGCAGACGAUAUGGGAAAGCUAAGAUUACAGUUCACCAUGUUUCACAAGCCAUUUUUUAGCAUGAAAGGGUCCUAUGUUAUCACACAGAUGGGAGCAGAAAAACACGUUUCGUUUAAUAAUGGAUUAGACGGAUCCGUUGCAGAAGAUUGUUUCUUCGCAAUGAAGGCAUUUUCCCAGGGAUAUACGUUCAAUUUUGUGGAUGGCGAAAUGUGGGAAAAAUCACCGUUUUCUCUGUGGGACUUUGUACAGCAGAGAAAAAGAUGGCUGCAAGGUAUAUUACUUGUUGUGCAUUCCAAAGCGAUUCCAUUGAGAAAGAAAUUCUUGCUGGGUAUUUCGUGUUACUCAUGGGUAACGAUGCCUCUUUCCACUUCUAACAUUGUUUUGGCCGGAUUGUGUCCGAUUACUUGCCCACCGUUGAUCGACUUUCUUUGCGCGUUUAUCGGUGCAGUAAAUAUCUACAUGUAUGUGUUUGGAGUAGUUAAAUCGUUCUCCUUAUAUCGUUUCGGUGUUGCCCGAUUUAUGCUGUGUAUAUGUGGUGCAUUAUCCACUAUUCCAUUCAACAUAAUUAUUGAGAAUGUUGCCGUGAUAUGGGGUUUAUUUGGUAAGAAACACAAGUUCUAUGUUGUUAACAAGGAGCACAGGCCGCCAUUGACCGUAUGAUACGUCAUCAGUUUAGAACUAUUAUCUAACUGGUAUAUACUUAGCAACAGAGUAAUGUUUCCAUUGUGCAUGUGCACAAUUAGUACCUGUAAAUUUACAUAGGAAACUAUCACUGUCAUAAAUAAAAUAUUUAUAACUAGUAUUACAUGAGAAUUACAAGAUCCCUAAGACAGAUUGAUUAAUCAAUUUCAAAACAGGCA